UCGACGCGAUUCGUUGACCGAACACGACAGACCCCACGGGACCACGGAAUCAAGAUGUGGCAGAAAUGGUUCACUUGUCUAGUCCCACUUAUGAUGUUAGGCGUCGCAUCCGCCAAGCCAAACAUUGUUAUAUUUGUUGUGGAUGACCUCGGUAUCUCAGAUCUCGGCUGUUUUGGCAAUGACACGAUUAAAACUCCGAACAUCGAUCGGUUGGCUGAACAGGGAGCUCGUCUGCAACAUGAUGUCACGCCAGAUGCAAUCUGCACACCAAACAGGGCGGCACUGCUAACAGGAAGAUAUCCCAUUCGAUCAGGACUUGCUUCGGAUGAAGGUCAAGACCGAGUCUUCCUUCACACGGCAGCAUCUGGCGGUCUGCCCCAAAAUGAAACCACAUUUGCGGAGAUUGCAUCAGCCGCUGGUUACAAAACAGGUAUUGUGGGAAAAUGGCAUUUAGGACUCCACAAGUCUUCAAAAACCGAUUUCCACUUCCACCCUUUAAAGCAGGGUUUUGAUUUUUUCUAUGGCCUGCCUCUCACUAACUUACGUACCUGUGAGCCUGGCCAAUAUCUCAUAAACAUUGUUUACCCAGCCCUGAAGCCGUUCAAUGUUCUUGCUUCUGGGGUAGCCAUUGGAGUAACACUUUACAUCCUUUACCUAGCUGGCGUGCUUAACAAGAUUGCCUUCCUGUCCUUGCUGACUCUUGUUAUUUUGAUCACCUCUGCACAGGCUGGUUGGCUUUCAAUACUCUCCAGAUUAACGUGUAUUGUUUUGAAAAACUAUGAACUUGUGGAGCAACCGGUACUUUUAGAAAAUUUGACAGCAAGGUUUACAGAUGAAGCAGUGGAUUUUAUCCCCAAGAACAAAGACAGCGCCGUUCUGCUGUACAUGUCGUUUGCCAAGGUUCACACCGCUUUGUUUACUACCAAGCCGUUUGUCAAUCACAGCGUUCAUGGGCGUUAUGGAGACAAUGUAGAGGAAAUGGACUGGGGCGUGGGUCAGGUCAUGACGGCUGUGGAGGAACUGGGACUGAGGGAGAACACAUUUGUGUAUUUUACAUCAGACAAUGGUCCGUACAUUGAAGAAAUAAGUGACGCGGGUGAAUAUCAUUCAAUUGGGAGGGGGGGAAAUGGCAAAGGACAGUGUUGGGAUGGUGGUGUUAGAAUGCCCACAAUAGCAUCAUGGCCGGGUCACAUUCCAGCUGGGAUCUCAAUUGAUCAGCUCACCAGUUCUAUGGACUUAUUCCCCACAGUUGCUAAACUGACUGGUGGAGAUCUUCCACAGGACAGAGUUAUUGACGGAAAAGAUCUCUUACCACUAAUGACGAACAAGACACAGGAAUCCUCUCACGAAUUUGUCUUCCAUUAUUGUGGAAAUCUAGUCCAUGCCGUUCGCUAUCAUCCAAAGAACAGUGCCACUGUGUGGAAGGCACACUUUAUGACGGCCAAAUGGAGCGAGGGAACUGAAAGCUGCCGUGGAAGAGGUAUCUGUUGGUGUCAUGGAGAUUUUGUGAAAGUCCAUGAUCCUCCUCUGCUUUUUGACGUAACAGAUGACCCAGCGGAAAGCUCCCCCAUUGCUCCCAAUAGUCCAGAGUAUAAAGAAGCUAUGAAAUACAUUCCCCCUGCACUUACACAGCAUAAAGACAGCAUUGAGAGCGUCCCUGAGCAACUGGUGUGGUCGAAGAAUCGUGUCCAUCCUUCGUUGCAGAUGUGCUGUAAUUUUCCUUAUUGUACCUGUGAAGAAACCGAUAAAAAGCUUAAACAUUAUCCUAAGGAUGUGUGAAGCAGAUGAAAACACUAUUUGAGUUUGAUGAUAAGGAAAAGAGAAGGAAAGAAAAGCUGAUUUCGACUGCGGUCCAAAAUGUCAAACAAUGAAACGUUUGCAGGGGUGGGGCAUCAGAAGCCAUACCGAGCUAUGUAAAAUGAAAUAUCACUGGACAGGGAUUAAAUGAUUUAUUUGGUGGUA